UUGUAAAUAGAACGAAGAAGAAGAAGCGCGGAAGCGGCAGCAGGAAGCCACAUUAGCCUGGUUAGCCUGCAGGCUAACGCGGACUGAAAUGAGGAUUCUAAGCUGAACUGUGUUUGACCCGUGCUGACCUGCGCGGGCGUUGCCGUGGGCGAUGGCUCUGAUCGAAGGCGUGGGCGACGAGGUGACGCUGCUCUUCGGCUCCCUGCUGCUGCUGCUGGUGCUGCUGCUCGCCUGGAUCUCCACCCGCACCCCGGAGCCCCAAGAGCACCUGUUCACCGCCUCCGUGAGCGUCAGCCAGCAGCACAGGACCGGCCCCGCCCACCAGGACUCGCCCCUCGCCUCCACCAGCGUCCCGUCCUCGCCCUCUUCUUCUUCCUCCUCGCCGCUGUCGUCGUCCGCCUCCAGCUCCGUGAGCGACGGCUCCGGGACCGAGGCCCCGCCCGUCACCGCGACCCCCCAGGAGGAGGGGGAGGACGGCGGGACGGGAGAGACUGUGGGAGGAGAUGGCAUCAGGAACAGGGGAGCCGGAGGAGAAAGUGUGUCUCAGAGGAACAUGGUGGUCAGACUGAAGUUUCUGAAUGACACAGAAAGAACAGCUCAGGUCAAACCGCAGGACACCAUCGGAUACAUCAAACGGACCUACUUCGCCGGUCAGGAGCAGCAGGUGCGCCUCAUCUACCAGGGCCAGCUGCUGCAGGACGACGCUCAGACUCUGGCCUCCCUCAACCUGGUCCACAACUGCGUCCUGCACUGCCACAUCUCGCAGCACGCGGGCCGGGGCGCGGCGGGGGGGCCGCGGCCCGCCGACCAGGUGCAGGUGGCCCUGAACGUGGGCAGCCUCAUGGUGCCGCUGCUGGUCUUCAUGCUGUCGGUGCUGUGGUACUGUCAGAUCCAGUACCGGCAGUUCUUCACCGCCCCGGCCACCGCCUCGCUGGUCGGCGUCACCAUCUUUCUCAGCCUGGUGGCCUUCGGGGUCUACCGCCGCUAGCUGCUCCCCGAUUGGCUGCUGCUGCUGCUGCUGCUGGUGCCUCUGACUUGUGGGAGUCGAUGGAUGCUGAUCAUAGUUAUUAAUGUUUGUUUCUGUUGCCAUGGAGAUGCUGAGCGUAAGCCAGAACUUUGAUUUUUAAUGUUUUUAGUUCUUUUUGUAGGCCUUCUCUUCAUCGGUUCUCACAGAUUCACGCCACCCCGUUUUUCCACACACACACGUUCCACUGAUCAAUCAGACCGUCAGAUUCCGUGUUCAUCUUCAUUCUUCAGGAAGUGGAUGCAAAGAUGUAAAGAUCCACAGCACAGCGUGAGAAAGUGACCAGAUGUGUUCAGGCGGCGACACACUCUCAUUUCAGCUCUUCAUAACCGAACACACUGCAGUGUGUGGCGGAGGGGACUUCCUCCCUCCACAGGAAGGACAGCUGUUCAACAUCUGGAUUAUACGUUUUGGGCCUGAUUUAACAAGAUCCUGUAUGAAGCAUGUUCAGUUGCAUGCUCGCACAAAUCGAUAUUUCUGCACGUUGCAGGCGUUCAAAUAAAACAGGAAGGUUUUAUCCUCCAUGAAUAAAAUCAGCUGAUCAGGCUGAAAUCUCAGUGUGUGGCUGCCAUCAGAUCCAUCAGCUUGGAGUCGGUUAAAAAAUAACUUAAUAAAUGUCCGUUGAAAAGUAAAAUAAUUUUUUUUUAAUGUAGUUCAGCCAGAUUUGAGCUUGAUUUACUUUCUUUAUCUAAACCAAAAACAACUCAGCUUGAGACGUGAUCCAUACAGAGUGUCUGGAUCGGCGGCGUUCCUCGUUCUCAUCACCGUGCCUCAUUGAGCUUAGUUUGAGUCGACUGCAGCAGACGUUUCCAUGUUUCUCCAGACUGGAUGGAAGUGGUUUCUGUGAAUUUCAGCUUUUGACAAAAGAGAAAAUCUAUUAAAUCAUUUAUUUAUGUUG